CCUGCAGCAUGCGCAAUAUAAUUAUUAAUGAGCUGCUGCAAAGUCAACAAUGAACUACUCUUUUGUAUUUCUGUUUCUAGUCUUGGAAUUAGCAGGCUCAAUGCCUGUGCAAAAACACGUUAUUGAGCAGCGGAGAGCCAAGCCUAGAUUGGACAAACCCAUGGAUCUGGAAGAGCUGGACAGACAGUGUGAAGUUCAUGGAUGGGGGGCCUGUAAACAAGCGACAGUGGAUCUGAUGGCUCUGAACUCCUCCAUCAACCAGCAUUACCGUCAGUGCCUCAACAACGCUAUGGGCACUGACAAAAAAAUACAACUCACUGCACAAAUACCACUAAAUAUUGGCUCAGGAAUUAAAGAUGGUGAUUUCGAUGUGGAAGAAGUCCCAGAAGUAAUCGAAUGCACUAGGCAGGACUUUGUAUCUUCUCGUCAAUUUUUCUGUGACUACGUCCAAACAAUCUCAACCCAUGCAGAUCGCGCUUUAAACAAUCAGAAUUCCGCAGUCUUAGUAUUACCGUCAGGUGAAAAACAAACUAAAUCUAUCCUAAACUUGAAGGACCUUGCCAAGUGUGUAUCAUGGAAACAGGGCUCUGAAGAUCAAGAGUUCACUCCUAGCGAGAUUAUUCAGAAGAUAGAUAUAUGGCUUACAAAAACAGUUCAGGACCGAAGGAUUGCUCCGAAUUGUGGUAAUUGCAGAUCAUUACUUGAAGGAAUUCCAGAUGAUUCAAAUCCAAAGAUACCACACACGAAAGAGUGCCCUGAAGGAUCUCAGAAUUUAUGGGAACAGGCGCUGGGUAACUUUUCCAAGCUCAUGAAAGCUGAUGAACUGCUUAAAAACCUUGGAAGAAAAGGACGGAAAUGCCUGAGAGGGUGUGUGAAACCAGCUCAAGUCCAGUGUGUAGAACAUGUAGGACUAAUUACUCCUAUAAGAAUAGACUAAUACCUAUAUAGUAUCUAGUAUAAUAGUAAGAGGAUUAUAGGAUACAAUUAUUAUAGUCACCUCAACCUCACCCCCACUCACAGCCUUAUUAUUAUAUAUCACAUCAUCAGUAUUGUUACACUUCAUUUUUUUUACUCUGUGUGGUCCACGGCGAUUAUCCAUCACUGUAAUAUAUUAUUCAUUGCUAUAUAGCUACUUUGAAGUUAUUAUAACAAAUUCACAGCUUCUUAUCAUGAUCAUGUGUCUAAAUAUA